UUCCCAAAAUUAGGCUAAUUCAUUGUUUUCUUUUUUCGGCUUUUCUUUGGCACAGUUUUUUAUUGCACUGUAUGCCGCUGCUUCGGGAUCAUUCGCAGGAAUCAUCAUUCUUGCAUUUCUUUUACCCUGGGCAAAUGCUAAGGGCACGGCUGUUGCGGCAGUGGGUGUCUUUCUCGUCCAGAUAUGGCAAACGACUGGCCGCUUCGUGUCCAAAAUUGUACCUGCCACGAUGCAGUACAGCAUGAACAGAUGUUCGAACAAAUCAACACUGACGCUGCUUGCAGAGAAUGACAGACCAGACGUGUUCCUUCUGUACCGCCUGUCACCAUACUGGUGCUGCCUCUUCUCCAUGUGUUCUACGGUACUACUUGGUCUGACACUAAGCCUUUUCUGUGCGCGACCGGGCAGUAACGUCAAGGAGACACUCCGCCUUACGAGUCCACUCAUGUUGAAGUUCUGGCGCAGAGUUGGGCUUAUGCCCUCUUUGAGGGAGCAUGCUGUUUCCAUCGAAGUCAACGGACGAGAAUGCAAUGGGACAACCACUGAACUGAAACCGUUGCGGGCACAAGAAAGAUUUGCAUGAUUAAAUUCAAUGUCUUCGGCUACUGUCAGACAGACACUUAUAAUUCGUUCAUCCUUAGUCACAAGUGUUUGCUGAGUGCGUAUCACGCCUUUGAAUAAUAGUAAUAAAGAAACUCACGUGAAUAAGAGCCAUGACUGCUUUUUAACAUUGUCAGCAAUAAAGUAAUCAUCGAGAGAUCAUGCAUUUGCUUUUCACUAUUCUUUUAUCACAUCAUGAAAAUAGAUGGC